AUGAACUCUAUUACCUUCUCGCGCCUUGGUAUCGGGUCAUACUAUGAUCAGGUGGAUGAAGAAGAUCUACCUGCUGCUGAAAACAUUGCCGAUACGGCGAUCGUCACCACUGAUGUCACUGUCACGGACGGACCUGCCCCUGAUCCUGGGGUGGCCGAUGCGGGCCCUCCCGUCCAACAAACUGUGGCUAUCAGUGCUGCUCCUGCUCCGCCGGGAUUCUGGGACUCUGAAUCCGAUGCGGCAACUGUCGCCACUGAUAAAGUUAUGGAUAUGAGGUCGAGCUAUGCCCCUGAUUCUGCGGCGGCGCAGCGAACUGUGAGCGCCAGUGCCGCUUCCAUUGUCCAGCGAACUGAGGACGCCGAUGCGGCUCUCACUGCGCAGCCGACUAAAGCAGCCGAUCCCACUACCACUGUGCAGCGAAGCGGAACCACUGAUCCCGCGAAUACCGCAAUUACUUCUACCACUCCCGAGAACCAAACUGGGGCCAUUGAUCCUGCAGCUACCUCUAUCACUUCCGAGAAGCAAACUGAGACCAUCGAUUCUGUACCUACUCCUAUCACUCGCAAUAAACCAAUUGUAAAAAUCGCACCUCCAAUCAAACCUGGUCGCGUCACUUCCACUGCCGAAUCCUUCUGGGUCAUUCCACCUGAUCUCGUCAAUGCAUUGAACGCCACGCCUGCACCACAACAACUUCCUCCACCCCUGAAGCUGCCGCUGCCAAUGAUAACUCCACCACCCUCUCCUCCGCCACAAACGGCCCAACCAACCAAGCCGUCUCCGCCGUCGACCGAAGACCUGGAGUCCCAGGCGAGUUCAUUGAAGAGCUUCAAAGGCCUCUUCAACACCUUCUUCUUUGACCCCGCCUACCGCGAGAAAAGGUGGGGGAUGCUAUUCGUCGCGUUCGUGUUGGUCGCCCUCACCAUCACGAUCGCCGUCCUCGAGCCCCGCUGGCAAAAGUGGGGGCGGAUCUUCCCGACUGAGGAACAGCUGAACCCGCCGCAGGUGACCACCGGCCUCAACCCGGUCUGGAUCGUCCCCAGUUCCAGCCCACAGUAG